AUAAUGCAUAUAAUUUCAAUAUUUAACGAGUAUAAAUACGCAAUCUUUACCCGGAAGAAUCGAGGAAGAAAUUUGAGAUUCAGCCAUGAAAGACGACUACGAGAGUGAAGAAAAGAAACAAGCUGCUGCAGAUGUAUUGUUUCAAUAUUCAAGGUUUGUCAUGGCCUGUAUUGGGAAUCAAGUCCGGCCUUGUGACUUAAGGAUGCACUUGAUGAAGGAGGUUUCAGGCUUGCCAACAACUUUGAAGAGGGAGACCCGUGUAGCGUCUUCUCCCGACAUAAUGGGGGAAUCUUCAAGCUCGGGGACUUCCAGACUUGAUAAAACCGAUAGUUUCCGGGGUCUCUAGACUGGAAAACAGUAUCCUCAUCUUUGUUUCAAAGUACCAAUCUGGUUCUUAGCACUCUUCUUUGACCCCCCCACUUUGUAGCAGGACAUAAAAGUUGUCAAUGUAAAGGGAUAUAUUAGUGUCAUCAUCUGUUGGUAAAAAUGAUCCGGUGUAAUUGGUGCGAUUUCAUUUUUUAAGCAUUCGUAGUUCAUCUUAGAUGUUUCUGAGAUAGCUGUCCAGUUUGUUUCAAUGCGCACUUUUUUGCAAUUGUUUUCUACUGUGUUAGAGCUUGUUUGGCACAGUGCAAAUGUAUUCUUAGAAAAGAAGUGUCGAGCCCCAA